AUGCCUAGCGUCAAGAGAAGAAGAGCUGGGGACGACGAGGAUGCCACGACGCCACGCAAACGCCGCGCAUCGCCUGCGCACGACGACCACGCCGACGACCAAGACACAACGACGCCGUCGAGGGCGCAAAAUGGCGUCAAGUCUCUGGCCAAGGACCUGCAUCGGGCAAAGCUGAACGGUGCCUCGAACGGGCCUGAAACGCCCCGUUCACAGCGCAGGGUCCUGUUCGCUACCCCGUCAAAGCACCACGACGAUGAACCCGAGGCUGGGACCCCUACGAUUGUCCGGAACGCCGAUAGAUCUGCCCGACGAAAGAGCGCAAGACGCUUGCUCGAGCGCACGAUCAACGGCGAUCCCAGCGACGACGAGGAGGCUUUGGAAGAGGAGAAUGCACUAGCCAGGCAGAUAUGGGAUGAGGACGAGGCGGAUGAGUUGGGAGAGGACGAGGGCGCAACUCUUGCCGAUGAACCUGCGGUUCCGGAAACACCGUCGAAGCGGGGGAGGGGAAGGCCAAAGGGCAGCAAAAACCGGAAGCGCAGCCUUACACCCCCGGGGGACCUCCCUCCAAACGAGCAGUACUUUUACCAAAACCGGCCGGGGGGUGCAAAGACGUCAAACAACACGUUGCCGUCGCAUUCGGUUCUGAACCACGACGAGUACUUUGCGCAAAUGCAGAAAUACAAGGAUCCGCACGACCCUGACAAGGAAUUCCUGCUUUCGUUACACUCCCGCUCCUUUGACCAGUGGGCUUAUGAGCUAGAGCACGGCUUCAACAUCUGUCUGUACGGCUACGGCUCGAAACGUGGGCUAGCAGAAGACUUUGCCAGUCAUCUAUACCAGCACUACAGCGCCGCAUCUCCCAAUCCCAAAAACGCGCCCAAAAUCAUAAUAAUCAACGGCUACAACCCCGCCCUAACAGCCAAAGACAUCCUCACCACGAUCCUCACGACCCUGGUGCCCAGCUCCCUCAAGCUGCCCGCGCAGGCGCCCCUCCUCCUAAACCUCCUCCUCACGAGCCUGAGCACCAAGCCCCCCACGCAGCCCCUAACCCUCGUCAUCAACUCGAUGGACGCGCCGCCGCUGCGCCGCCCAGGCACGCAGCCGCUGCUCGCGCAGCUCGCCGCACACCCCAGCAUCUCCCUCGUCGCGACCGCCGACUCGCCCAUCUUCCCCCUCCUCUGGGACCAGAGCCUGCGCUCGCAGCUGCGCCUGCUGUUCCACGACUGCACGACGUUCGCGCCGUACGCGCCUGUCGAGCUCGACGCCGUCGAGGCCUUCAACGAGCUGCUGGGCCGCAGCGGACGCCGCGUUGCUGGCCGCGAUGGCGUCGGCUUCGUCUUGCGCAGUUUGCCUGAGAAUGCCCGCGGCUUGUUUCGUAUCCUUGUUGCUGAGCAGCUCGCUGCUACGGCUGAUGAUGACGAUGCUGAUGCUGCUCAGGCUGCGGCGCAGGCGGCGGCUCAGGUGCCUGCUGUCGGUGUGGAGUACAGGGUGCUGUACCACAAGGCUGUUGAGGAGUUUGUGUGCAGCAAUGAGAUGAGCUUCCGGACUCUACUGAAGGAGUUCCAUGAUCACCAGAUGAUUGAGAGCCGGAAGGAUGCGGGCGGUGUGGAGAGGCUGUGGGUGCCGUUCCGGCGGGAGGAUCUGGAGAGUUUGCUGGAGGAGCUCGUGUGA